UUUAAUUGACUGAAGUUCACCCUCAACACCACUAGGUGUCGGAAGCUGUCGGCGGAAGUGAAACCCUCUGCUUAAAAAAUAGGCUGCCACAAGGCAUCCAUAGCCGAGAGAUCCUGUUGUCCUUUGGGAGUUUUUUAACCUAUCUAAUCGUAACACGGAGCUAUAGUGCCUUUAAUUUUUUUUUUUUAAAUCAGCAUGAAGCCGAAGCUCACCGGAACCAACAAGCGACCGAAACCCGACCGAGCUGAGGCGGCUCUGUCCCUGCAGGACGAGCUCGCUGCAGCGAUCCAUGGGGCGUUUGAAGCCGCCGUGGAGAUCGCAGUUCGAGAGGUGACGAAGCUCGUAGGUCAGGCAACGGGAGCCGUCCACGAAGACAUGCGACGGGAGAACGAGUCCCUCAAACAAAGACUCCAGCGGGCUGAAGAUAUGCUGGACUGUGCGCGCAUGGAGGAAGGAGGAGGAGGAGGAGGAGGAGGCGGCUCUCAUCCUGUAAAUAAACUCCUGGAUGCCACCAGGCGCUCUGAUCCAGCGCCCCUCGUGUACAGCCGGACGAGCCCGAGUCCUAAAGCGGGCAGAAGGCACAGCUGCACGGGGAUCCGAGGGGACGCGCCUCGGCCCGGUCACAGCCGAGCAGCACACCGGCCUCCGGAGACCCAACGUCAACACGAGGAGCAGCGACCAGGCGACGUGGAGAAGGCUCGGGACAGUGACUCUGUGUCGGAGAGACGAGGAGACGAUGGCUGCGCUGCUGCUUGUGACUCCUUGACUAAAGAAGUCGGUGAAGAGAUCCCUCGUCUCUGUGAGUUGAGGGUCGAGAGCAUCAACCAGCUGUGUACAGAACUAGCAGCUCGAGAACACGACUCGCCAACACUUCCCAGCCGGCACGAUGAGUCCACGUUGAAGCAGUUUAUUGUAAAGCAGGAGGAGCCGGAGGAGGCCGAUGAUUCAGCUUGCGGUUUAGAAGCCAUUAAAGUGGAGGAUUUUAGCCCGGAGUGCAUGUCCCCGCUCCAGCCCGACGUGCUGGAGGACUGGAAACCUGAACCGGACAUUCAGUGCCAAGACUCUAAUGCUUCUCUGUCCUGCACCAGGCUGGCUCAGGACUUCCCAAACAUCUUCCAGUUGCCAGAACCGGCGCCCGUCCCAGAAGAUCCACCGCAGGUCUACGGAGUCCACGUGCGGACGGGCCGCAACCUCGGCCACUCCUUAACCCACCUCUACUCCUGCAAGUCCUGCAGCCAGACGUUCCAGCUGCCCAGUCUUCUGCGGCGGCACCACGGCCAGUGUCAGCAGAAGCUGCAGCAGGGCUGGCAGCCGCCCGUGGAUGGAAGCAAGAGGGUCCGGCUGCAGCUGUACCCGCCGGGCUGCAGCCCCUUCUGCUGCACCGUGUGCAACCGCGAGUUCAACCGCAUGGAGAACCUCAAGACUCACCUUCGCAUCCACACGGGCGAGAGGCCGUACACCUGCGCCGUCUGCUCCAAGUGUUUCCGCCACUCCGGGGCCUUGACCAGACAUUUCCGCAUCCACACCGGGGAGAAGCCGUACGUCUGCGGCCAAUGUGGGAAGUCCUACAGAAACUGUGGGGGGCUUAAAUUCCACCAGCGUUCACACAACAAGCAGCUACAGUAGCUACACUUUCUUUAAAGAGCUGCUGGUAUACAUUGCUUAAUAUGUUUGGAUCAUUUUCAUUUUGAGGGUCAAAGUUGGCUAAUGUUGUGUGUUGGUCUAACCUUGAAUUAAUCUGAGUGUUCCUUAAACUGUAAGGUAAUAGUGGAUGACUUCAUUACUCUUGUCUGCACCGUUUCACCUCAAUGGUCUUCCCUUUGAGAUUAAAGAUAAUGUUUUUAAGAGCUCUCAAUGCAAAUGAGAAAUCUCAACAUUUAUUUCUGAUAUUUUGAAUGUGCACAGAUUGUAAAGCCCUCAGGCAAAUGUGUAAUAGUUUCUUAUUCAUGGCAAUUGUUAUAUUUAUCAUUUUGUUUUCAAAUAUGUAUUUUAUUUGGACACUCGUGUCAUCAAUUACUUGUGUAAAUUGGUCUGCUUUGAUUUACUGUCCCAACAAACAAUUCCCUUUUGAAUUUGUGUGUGGGGGGCUGUAUAAAAUGUUUGUAUUUAGGUGAGGCUUAAGGUUUUUAUCUCCAUUCCCUCUUUGUUACUCCUGGCGUGCAUGCUCUGGUGUGAAAAUAAAGUUCAACAUUUCUGCAGAAAAAUAUUAAUGAAAUGUCCGCCAGCAGCGUUACGAGGUUGUUAUUAAAAUCUCCUU